CCAUUCGCUACCUUUCUAAACCCGAGGCUGACAAGAUAGAGAACGCUUUAUCAGCUAAUUCCAGUGGCAUCGUCACAUGGUGGUCGGUGGCAGGUACAGGUACAGCGGACAAGAAGGGGUUUGUGAACUACCCGCCAAAGUCGUGUGCGGUGAAAGGCUCAACUGUCACCUUACCCUGCACGUUCAAGCCCAUUGGACGUGUGGUCAGGGUGCGCUGGUUCAUCGGUGUGUUAUAUUAUCCACCUAAUACUGGAUUCACCGUGUACGACAGCGCCAGUGUCUCCCCCGGCUCAGACUACACGUACCUGGGAGACAUGAAGGGAAACUGCACACUUCAGAUCCGUAACAUCCAGAAGACAGACAACUUCCUCUUCCGGGUGAUAGAUUCUGUACGUUGGCAAAGUUUCACUAUGCCCAUUGGGACAACGGUCCGCGUCAUCGAUGGCACUCAGAUGGUGGUGUCAAGCUCCACCCCUACCAACGUGAAGGAGGGUGACAGCGUGACUCUGAGGUGCACCUCCUCCUGCUCCUUCCACCAGCUGGAUGUCCUCUGGAUCCGAGAUGGCCUCAUCCUCCACGAAUCUGGCCCGACUCUACAGCUGGGCCCCCUGACUGCGUGCCAGUCUGGCCAAUACAUGUGUGCGCUGGCGAGGGACAAGAGGACCGUGUCGCAGCCCUUCACCCUGAACGUGACAGCGGAUCAAACCAGCCUGCAGAACCCCGACGACUGUGGUUGCUGGAAGAACAACGCCUACAGUGACUUGUUCGUGAAGGUCGCACCCGCCGUCAUUCACAUCAAAAUCCACCAUGACGUGACUAACCCCGAGCAGGAAGCCAGCGUGACCGGCACCUCUGGCUUCAUCGUGUCAGAGGAUGGACUCAUUGUCACCAAAGCUCACAUGGUGGCCAAUGAAGAUCGCGUACAGGUGGAGCUGAGGGAUGGCACCGCAUUUGACGCAAGGGUCAAAGUCCUGGACGAGGUGGCCAACAUUGCUCUGCUCAAGAUCGACCCAGCGACCACCAACCUGACGUUUCUUCCAAUCGGCCAAGCAAAUGACCUGCGGUUCGGUGAGCUUGUGGUGGCCUUCGGCAGAAAGUCUUCACGCCAAGUCGACGUGGUCACCGGCAUUAUCCAGGGGGUGGGCAAGGAGCGGGACCUUGACAACUCGGACAUACUCUACAUCAAGACGGACAUCUUCAUGGACUACGGCAACUCAGGAGGUCCUCUUGUGACCAUGGGCGGAGAAGUUGUCGGCAUCAACAGUCAGAUGGUGACGUCUUCUUGGAACGGCGCCAUCCCUUCGUUUAAGAUCAGCGAUCUGCUGGACCAGGCCAAAGGGACAAACGGCAACAAGAAGUACGUCGGCAUGAGGAUGAUGAGCCUCACAUCAGCGUUGGCUGCGGAGCUGAAGGAGAAACUGGGGGACUUCCCAGACGUCACAUCUGGCGCUUACAUCUUCGAGGUCUUCAGCCAGACUCCUGCCGAGGCCGCCGGCCUGAAGUACCGUGAUGUCAUCAUCAAGGUCAACGGGGAGCCCGUGACGUCCGCCAGCGACGUCAGUGCCGCCAUCAAGCAAGACCACAUGCUUCGUGUGGUCGUGAAGCGGGGCAAAGAGGAUGUCAUUCUCUCCAUCGUGCCCAAGGAGAUUGACCCCUGACCCCGCAAGCAGUUUGGCGAGCAUGACCGCCAGCUGCCAUCAGCAUGUCCACAGGACUCGGUAGUCUGACACUGUGGAACACCUGCUGAGUUUACUAGCUUUCUUCCUUUAGUCCGUUUUAACACUGAGCCCAAAUACUUGUAGGUGGGAGGCAGGUGGGCUUUAUUUCUUGCUUUUUAAGUGCCAAGCAAAUCCACACAUAUAUACAGUAUCUGCAAUAUUUUACAAGUGUUAUACUUAACAUAUGUGACAAGUAUGAUGCAAUGUGAUUGUAAUCCAUGGAACCGGUUAAGACCUGUAAAAAAGAGGACUCAGGAGAGCAGCAUCAGGUGAGGGACAGUCUCCAGACAAUGCUCGCCAAAAUACAUUGUCUCCCUUUUCCUCCAAGAUUCAAACUCUUGAUAAGCCAUUUAUUCCUCUAGUCAAUACCUUUUUAGUUUUGACCUACAUUAUAAUUUUCUGUUUUUACUACAAGAUUGACUGUUUUUGCUCAUUACUACUAGUCACCACCUACCAAUUGACCUUAAAUUAACCUUUGGCAUAGAUGUUGAGUGACAAGGGGGGUGCAAAAUGUUGCAAAACAGCAAAAUUUGAAUGUGUGUGAGGGGAUAAAAAUUAUUUUAAAAUGUACGAGUAGUAAUUAGCAACUUUAUAUGAUAUAUUUGUGUACUAUUACAACUGCUUUGUGUGGUUUUGUAUUUUUAUACUGCUCUUGCUGAAUUCUGCAAUAAAACUCCUUCCUGAA